AUGAGUGAUAUGGAGAACUGGAGAACUGCACUCCGUAUACUUCGUCAAAAACUGCAUAACGAGCUAAUUGAAUACGCGGAGAAAAAAGCUGCAGGGUGGCAACCCUAUUACGAAGAUGACGAAGAAGAAACGUUUGCUGAGAUUCGCUACUGUAUUCGUGAUUGCGAGACGAGAAUUCGUCAAGGAGAAGAGAUGGAGAGACUGGCGGCAGACGGAAAAUUGCGUCACAAGGGAUAA